AUGGAUCAAUCGCAAUUUACCGACAGAGCUUUAAACAUUGUGACCACAGCUCAGAAGCUGUGUCAGCAAAACAACCAUGCUCAGAUAGUUCCUCUCCAUUUCCUUGCUGCUAUGACUCCGAUGUCUACCGAUGGGGAGGCCAUAUAUCUCAAGACGCUGAUAGAGCGAGGCCGUUUUGACUGGCAGGCCUUUGAGCGCACAGUCAACAAGCACUUGGUGAGGCUGCCAAGUGUUGAAGGCAGUAACACCGAGCCAUCGUUCUCGGCAUCUGCUGCCAACAUUAUUACGAACGCUAAUAAAAUCAAGGGCCAGCAAAAGGAUUCCUAUAUUGGCCAGGACCACAUUUUGCUGGCGUUGCUCGAAGAUUCCACGAUCAAGAGCAUUUUGAAAGAGGUCAACAUCAAGGUUGAUGCCCUUAAAGCACAGAUUCAGGAAUUAAGAGGAAACCAGAGAAUUGAUUCCAGACAGGCCGAUUCGUCGCAGCAGUUUGAAUUUUUGUCCAAGUAUGCCAUUGACUUGACCGAAAGAGCGCUACAGGGUAAGAUCGACCCGGUCAUUGGCAGAGAAGAGGAGAUCAGACGGACGAUCCGGGUGCUGGCCAGAAGAGCCAAGUCGAAUCCAUGUUUGAUUGGUGACCCUGGUGUUGGUAAGACGAGUAUUGUCGAGGGAGUCGCGCAGAGAAUUGUGGACAACGACGUGCCUUCUGUUUUGCAGGGUUGCAAGCUGUACUCGCUUGACUUGGGUGCCUUAAAAGCCGGAGCAAAAUACCAGGGUGAGUUCGAAGAAAGACUUAAGGGAGUUUUGAGCGACAUUGAAAAGUCCCAGGCCAUGGUCAUCCUGUUCAUCGACGAAAUCCACAUGUUGAUGGGCGACGGAAAGUCCGAUGCUGCCAACCUGCUGAAGCCAGCUCUGGCCAGAGGCGAUUUCCACUGUAUUGGUGCCACGACCGUCACUGAGUACCGCAAGUACAUUGAGAAGGAUGGUGCUUUCGAGAGACGGUUCCAGAGAAUCGACGUUAGAGAGCCUACAAUCCAGGAGACAGUCGCCAUCUUGAGAGGUUUGCAGCCAAGAUACGAGAUCCACCACGGUGUGCGUAUUUUGGACAGUGCUUUGGUGACUGCUGCUCAGCUCGCUUCGAGAUAUCUCACCUACAGAAAACUGCCAGACUCUGCCGUCGACUUGAUUGAUGAAACGGCAGCCGGCGUCGCAGUUGCCAGAGACUCGAAGCCUGAGGAGCUGGAUUCGAAAGAGAGACAGCUCGAGCUGAUCGAUGUUGAGAUCAGCGCUCUGGAGAGAGACCAGGACGCCGACAGCUCUACCAAGGAGAGACUGGAGGCCGCCAGACAGCGCAAGCAAAACCUCGAGGAGGAGCUUGCACCGCUUAGAGAGAAGUAUGACCAGGAGCGCGCGGGCCACGAGGAAUUGACUGCUGCCAAGCGGAAGCUGGACGAGCUGGAGGUCAAGGCCCAGGACGCCGAGAGACGGCACGACUCACAGACCAUUGCCGACCUGAGGAUGUUCGCCAUUCCGGACGUGAAGAGACGGAUCGAGGAGCUCGAGGCCAAGGUGAUGGAGGAAGAGGCCAAGAGCGAGGAGUUCCUGGUGAAGAACGUUGUUGGUUCCGAGCAGGUUGCCGAGACCGCUGCUCGGCUGACGGGCAUUCCGGUCAGCAAGCUCACGCAGGCCGAAAACGCCAAGCUCAUCACGAUGGAGAAGGAGCUGUCCUCUGCCGUCGUCGGACAGGGCGAGGCCGUCAAGGCUGUGUCGAACGCCAUCAGACUGUCGCGGUCUGGUCUGGCCAAUCCUCACCAGCCGGCUUCGUUCCUGUUCCUUGGUCUUUCUGGAUCUGGUAAGACCGAGCUGGCCAAGAAACUAGCAGGCUUCCUGUUUUCUGACGAGAGAGCCAUGAUCCGGAUCGACUGCUCCGAGCUGAUGGAGAAAUACUCCGUCUCCAAGCUCAUUGGUACCACUGCCGGCUACAUUGGCUACGAGGAGGGUGGCAUGCUGACCAACCAGCUUCUCAGAAAGCCAUACUCGGUGGUGCUGUUCGAUGAGGUCGAAAAAGCUGCUCCGGAGGUGCUGAACGUGCUGCUGCAGAUGCUCGACGACGGCAGAAUCACGGCUGCCAACGGCACGCUCGUCAACUGCUCGAACUGUAUCGUGAUCAUGACGUCGAACCUCGGCGCCGAGUACAUCAACGCCUCGAAGGGCAGCAAGAUCGACGAGGAGACCAAGAGCCUGGUGAUGACUGCUGUGCGCGCUCACUUCAGACCGGAGUUCUUGAACAGAAUCUCUGCCACAGUGGUGUUCAACAGACUCUCGAGACACGCCAUUGCCAAGAUCGUCAAGCUGAGACUGAAGGAGAUCGAGAACAGGUUCGAGCUCAACGGCAAGUCGCUGAGACUGGAUGUGGACGACGGCGCACUGGAGUACCUGUGCAAGAAGGGCUACUCGCCAGAUCUGGGUGCUAGACCUUUGAACAGACUCAUCCAGAACGAGAUUCUGAACCACCUGGCCAUCAUGGUGCUUAACGGACAGGUUCAGGAUAAGGAGGUGGUGAAGAUCACCACGAACGAGAAGGGCAUUGUCGUGGUGCCUAACCACGAGGUCCAGGACGCAAUGGACAUCGACGACUGGACGGACGACGCUGACGACGACUCUGGAUACAGCACUCCAGAUUUGGACUGA